CUUCCUUCCUUGCCUUCUCCCCCUAUAAAUCCCUUCUCUCUCUCUCUCUCUCCUUACAUCCUUCUCUAGUCAAAAUUAUCACAAAAUGGCAAAGCCCAAUUCCCCUGCUUUCUUCAUCCUCUGUUUCUCCAUGCUCUGUUUUCUCCUGCAUGUCUCUGUUUCCCGUUCCCAACAACUCCUCCUCCCUCUAACCCAUUCCCUCUCCACAACCCAAUUCGCCUCCACCCACCACCUCCUCAAAUCCGCCUCCGCCCGCUCCGCCUCCCGCCACCGCCACCACCGUCAUCACAAGGCUCACCGCCAAGUAUCACUUCCCCUGUCUCCGGGCAGCGAUUACACCCUCUCCUUCACUCUCGACACCAGCCCACCCCAGCACGUCUCUCUAUACCUCGACACCGGUAGCGAUCUCGUCUGGUUCCCUUGCCGCCCCUUCGAAUGCAUCCUCUGCGAAGGCGAGACCGAAACCCAAUCCUCCGCCGCGGCAGCGAUUCUCGCCAAUCUCUCCUCCGCUGCAGCCGCAGUCCCCUGUAAAUCGGCCGCCUGCUCCGCCGUCCACUCCAAUCUCCCCUCCUCCGACCUCUGCGCAAUCGCCAAUUGCCCCUUGGAAUUGAUCGAAACCUCCGAUUGUCAGUCCUACAAGUGCCCUUCCUUCUACUACGCUUACGGCGACGGAAGCUUAGUGGCGCGGCUUUACACCGACGCCGUUACCCUUCCGUUAGCGUCUCCGUCGCUCAAGCUCCGGAAUUUCACUUUCGGGUGCGCCCACACUGCGCUGGCGGAGCCAGUGGGAGUCGCCGGGUUCGGCAGGGGAGUGCUUUCCCUGCCGGCACAGCUCGCCGCCGAUUCGCCUCAGCUCGGAAACCGAUUCUCCUAUUGCUUGGUCUCCCACUCGUUCGACUCCGAUCGUGUCCGCCGGCCGAGCCCGCUGAUUCUGGGACGGUACGACGAGAAGGAGAAGCGUAGAGGCGGCGGCGGUGAUGAGGAAAAUGACCCGACCCGGUACUUCUACACCUCGUUGCUGGACAACCCGAAGCAUCCGUAUUUCUACACGGUAGGGCUGGAGGGGAUUUCGGUCGGGAAGAGGAAUAUUCGGGCGCCAGAGUUUUUGAAAAAGGUCGACGGCGGAGGGACGGGCGGGUUGGUGGUGGAUUCGGGUACAACGUUCACGAUGCUCCCCGCCGGUUUGUACAACUCCGUGGUGGCGGAGUUCGAGAAUCGGGUCGGGCGGGUUCACGAGCGGGCGCGGGAAAUCGAGGGGAACACCGGGUUGAGCCCGUGUUAUUAUUUGAACGACGCCGUUGCGAGCGUACCCAGCCUUGUGUUGCAUUUCUCAGGGAACGGAUCGAGUGUGGUGAUGCCCAGGAAGAACUAUUUCUACGAGUUCGUGGACGGUGGGAAUGGGAAGAAGGGGAAGCGGAAGGUUGGGUGUUUGAUGCUGAUGAACGGUGGAGAUGAGGAGGAGCUGAGCGGCGGGCCGGGGGCUACUUUGGGGAAUUACCAACAGCAAGGGUUUGAGGUGGUUUAUGAUUUGGAGAAGAGCAAGGUUGGGUUUGGUAGAAGGGAGUGCGCAUCUUUGUGGGAGACCUUGAACCAAGGCUAGUGGGAGGGUUGACUGUUUGGAAAGGGUGCAUGGAAGCAAGGAUGAGGUUGAGAGCAGGGAAUUGUUCUGAGAUGUGGUUAAGUGAGUAAAUGGAAGCGGGGACAAAUUGUACUUCUUAUUUUUACCGCUCAUCAACAUUUUUGUACAUGGGGGGAAGGAAAGGUAUGGUGUAUAUAGAAAUAGAAGUAAAGUGGGAUGUGAGAAGGUAAAAAGUAGAAGUACAGUGGUGCAAAAAAUGUCAUUUUGUGUAAACUCCUGUGAUGAAAUGUUUUGAUCAAUUGAUUAGGUGAAGGUGAAUGUAAAUAAUUGUUAUGUGUAAAAUUAUUAAUGAGUU